AUGGACAGUGAAGAGAUCAAGCGCGAAGGCCAGUUCUACUAUCGCGUCGGCUUGUUUCUGAAAGAAAAUCUCGCCUAUGCCGACAAGUUUAAAGAUCAAAGGACCAUAGCCAAGAUCGCCAAGAGCUAG